AUGCGUGGUAGAACGGGUAAGAUCGUUUAUGAUAGCAUCGUUUUCCGUCCUACUAAUCAGCAGCUAUUAGCGAAGCAGUACAAGAUCUCCGUCGAGACUCUGAACAAGCAAGUGUCAAGAAGGAUCCGAAGUACCGUUUUUACAACGUCGAUCUGGCAUCCGUAG